AUGCAGUACGGAGCUUACCACAACAAUCCGGUGAAUGUCGCAAUUCAUAUUACCUGCGUCCCUAUUCUGCUAGUCACCGGCAUUGUCCUGGCCUGCAACUGCCCACCACUCUUCCCGGUGCCAUCCGCCAUCGAAGUCGCCAACCUUCCUGCCAACGCCGGCACCAUUGGCGCCAUCAUCUAUGCGACCUUCUACAUAUUACUGGAGCCGAUAGCCGGGGGCCUGCUGGCGCCCGCCCUCAUCGCAGCAGCUUACUACGGAAACUACUUCCUCAGCACGCACGGCUCAAUCGUGAACUACUGGGCUGGUGGUAUCCAUGUUGUUUCCUGGCUCGCGCAAUUUGUGGGCCAUGGCGCGUUCGAGAAGCGCGCCCCAGCGCUCCUGGAUAACCUGGUCCAAGCUUUGUUGCUGGCUCCGCUGUUCGUCUGGAUGGAGGUGCUGUUCUUCUUUGGGUACCGACCCGAGUUGAAGGAGCGCUUUGACAAGGGCGUGGAGGUGGAGAUCGAGAAGUUCCGAAAGCAACGGAAGGAGGCUGAGACGAGCCAGGGGAAGCAGUAG